AUGGAGGCUCAACCAAAUUCUAUGCUGGAUAGCAGCGUGUCGGCAGCAGGUCACCGCCGCGCCUCGGACACAAAUCCCUUUGACCGGCCCAGCGAAGCUGGCGUCCCGUGCGACGAGGGAGCCGGUCCGGGUGCGCGCGCGGCUAGCGAUCGCCGGCCGCGACGCCCAGUGGGACGCGGAGUACGCCUGGUGCGCGAAGUGCGCGUGGUGGGCGUCGAGAGACGCCGAGUCCUGCGUCGCAUCGCGCAGGAGAUGCGGAACCGGCAGAGCGACGAGCUCGAGCUGCUGGCGUCGCCGCUACACCUCCCCAGCGACGAGGAAGGAGGGGCAUCGCCGCCAAACGCCCCCAGCAUGGGAGAAGAUCCGGUGGAGGACGCAGUCCCGGAAGCCAACGAGGAGGCCCAUCCACGACGCCGACGCUACCCUAGCGAAAUGGACGAGGUGAAUCCGGAAUGGCUCCGUUGGCAGUACCCGGAAUUGCCCUCGACACCGGAGGCCGACACCACCGACGAAGAGGAGCGCAUGCUCACAUCGUCAGAGGACGAAGAGGAGUGGCGGUCAUCGACGUCUCCGGCGAUCUCGGACGACGAGGAGGCGAUGCCGUGGCCACAAGAGACGCCGGAGCCGGAGGUGAUCACAAUCUCGGACGAGGAGGAGGACACUGGCGAGGAGCGGUGGUCAUCACCGUCUCCGGUGGUCUCGGACGACGAGGAGACGAUGCCGUGGCCACCGGGGACGCCGGAGCCGGAGGUGAUUGUGAUCUCGGACGAAGAGGAGGAGGAAGAGCAGCCCGACGAUGGAGGAGAGGCGCAGGGGCAGGGUGAACGCCCGCAAAUCCCGCCACCCACCGUGACCGCCACCUACGCAAGGGCCUUCGCGGACGGCCGCUGGAGGCACCAAGUAACCCUGGUGUGCGUCUGGGAGGAGGAGGCGGGGGUGCCACCCACCUGGCAGCUGGAGGAAGAACACCCCCCCGCAAGCCCUAACCCCCCGCAGCGACAACGGAGCCCAACACCGCCCGCCGCGAGAUCGCCACCACCCCCGCCGCCGGAGUGGAGACCGCCAUUCCUGCGCCAGACGUCGUGCCCCGAGGCGGGACCCCGACCCACCCGACCGACGCUCCAGCGACAAAGCUCGGCUCCGGAAGGAGAGGCUGGAUGGCAGGAGCUGCCACCGCCGGCUUGGCCACCUGGCAUCACGGCGAUGGCCGAUGCCCAGCCGGGACCAAGCCGGCGGGCGUCCAGGAUCACAAUGGCUGGCGCCAGCAAAAGGGCAGUGGAAAAGUACCAGAAAAUCACGCCACCAAAAGAUCACGCCACCAAAGAUCACGCCACCGAGGUACAGUCCCGGCAAAAGGUGGCCAGCCACGGCCUAUAA